UUUCAAACAAGCAAUGGCUACGCUCAUGAGAAGCGGUUAUAAAACAGUGUCACAUUUCCUGUCCCACUGUAAAUAUGGCAGACUGUAUUCAACGAAGAUAACAACACAUUACACUAUACACUCUAGGGAACAAGAUCCACGAUGGAAAGAUAUAGACAUGACACGAUAUGAAGAUGUGGCAGAUGUUGUGAUUGUUGGGGGCGGUCCAGCAGGCCUGUCUGCUGCUUGUCGUUUGAAACAGUUGGCAAACGAACAAGAAAAGGAACUCAGGGUUUGCUUAGUCGAAAAAGCUCCUGAAAUAGGAGCACAUACACUAUCUGGAGCAUGUAUAGAACCGACAGCUCUAAGUGAACUUUUUCCUGACUGGAAAGAAAAAGGAGCACCCUUAAAGACACCAGUAACAGAAGAUAAAUUUUAUUUCUUAACAGAGAAUAAAACAAUACCUAUACCAGUAUUCCCAGGAAUGCCAAUGAAUAACCAUGGUAAUUAUGUAGUACGUCUGGGUAAUGUUGUACGAUGGUUAGGACAGCAGGCAGAGGAACUUGGUGUAGAGAUCUAUCCUGGUUAUGCUGCUAGUGAGGUAUUAUUUCAUGAAGAUGGCAGUGUAAAAGGAAUAGCAACAAACGAUGUAGGAAUAUAUAAAGAUGGAUCACCUAAGGACACAUUUGAAAGAGGAAUGGAGCUUCAUGCCAAAAUAACAAUAUUUGGAGAAGGUUGCCAUGGUGCAUUAGCUAAACAAUUAUAUAAGAAAUUUGAUUUGAGAAAGGAUUGUGAACCACAGUCUUAUGGUAUAGGUUUAAAGGAAUUAUGGGAAAUUGAUCCGGAAAAGCACAGACCUGGAAGAGUUGAGCAUACUAUAGGAUGGCCAUUUGACAUUCAUACGUAUGGAGGUACAUUCCUUUACCAUUUAGAUGAAGGACCUCUAGUCACAUUAGGAAUGGUGGUUGGCCUUGAUUACCAGAAUCCAUACAUAAGUCCAUUUAAAGAAUUCCAAAGGUACAAACACCAUCCAUGUAUUGCACAAACACUAAGAGGAGGAAAGAGAAUAGGCUAUGGUGCUAGGGCUCUAAAUGAAGGAGGAUUUCAGUCACUCCCCAAGCUGACAUUCCCAGGAGGAAUAUUGGCAGGAUGUAGUCCAGGAUUUAUGAAUGUUCCAAAAAUCAAAGGCACACACAAUGCAAUGAAAAGUGGAAUGGUGGCUGCAGAAGCUGUUUUUGAAACAUUAAAUAAUGAAAGUUUAACAUCAAAUUCACCAACAGCAGGUCUGGAUCCAGAAGUGUAUGAACAAAAGAUUAGAGACAGCUGGGUAUGGAAGGAACUGUAUUCAGUACGGAACGUCCGACCAUCAUUCAACACAAAGUUAGGACUUUAUGGAGGAGUGCUGUAUACUGGCCUGUUCUAUGUUCUCGGCAGAGGAAAGGAACCAUGGACAUUGUCUCAUGGAGGUGCUGAUUAUACUAAACUGAAGCCAGCAGCAGAAUGUAAGCCAAUAGAUUAUCCUAAGCCGGACGGUCAACUUAGUUUUGAUUUGUUGGAGUCUGUAGCUUUAACAGGAACAAACCAUGACCAUGAUCAACCUGCCCAUCUAACACUACUUAAUGAUGAUAUACCUGUCAAUCAUAAUCUAGCAGUGUAUGAUGGACCAGAACAAAGAUUCUGUCCAGCAGGUGUAUAUGAAUAUGUAGAAACAGAAGAUGGAAAUGGGAAAAGACUACAAAUAAAUGCUCAGAACUGUAUACAUUGUAAAACUUGUGAUAUCAAGGACCCUAGUCAGAACAUUAACUGGGUAUGUCCUCAGGGGGGUGAGGGCCCAGCAUAUAAUGGCAUGUGAUAUAGCAGCAUUAGUUUGAUAUAUUGUGAUGAUCUGAGGAGUAAAUGAGAACUAUAUUUGUUCAAUCUUUGAAAGAUUUGUUUUGUAAAAAUUUUAAUCAUUAUUCAUUAAAAAAAGCAUUUAUGACCAGCAAGGAGCAGUGUAAAAGAAACUUUUAUACAAAAUCUGUUAUGCUUUAAUCUUUUGAAUUUUUGUCAUGGAGUGUUUGUGGGUGUUGACAUGGGCAUGGUAUAUGUAGUUAAGGGGUUUAAUAUGUGAUUUAAUUUCUGUUUAUUCAAGUAAACUAAAACAGAGUUUUAUUUUUCUGCUUAAAAGCUCGUUAAUUCAACAAUUAGCAAGUUAGUUUAAACAAAUUGUUUACAUUGUGUACAAUAAUAAGCAGUUAAGUGUUAACAUUGUGUACAAUAAUAAGCAGUAAAGUGUUAACAUUGUGUACAAUAAUAAGAAGUAAAGCGUUAACAUUGUGAACAAUGAUAAGAAGUAAAGUGUUAACAUUGUGUACAAUAAUAAGCAGAAAGGACAAGUUACUAGAUUAGAAAUAUUUUUGGAACAAGUGCUGAUACUGGACCAUACACAUGAUACAAUUAGUUGAAAACAGUCUCAGAGAAAGCACUGAAAAUAUUUGCAUUUCAGUCAAAAGAUUCAUGUUAAGCAGUCAACUUUUGUUUUUUAAUUUAAUUAAAAGCUCAAGUUUAAUGUUUAAAGAAUAUAUUGAAUGACCUUAAUUCUGAAGGCCACAAACUGACUUGAAUAUAUAAGGGAUGGUUAAAGAUUUAUAAAUGUAUGUUUAUAUGCAGAAUACCAUAUAGUUUCGUGCAAAAUUGUUUUUUGGAUUGAUAGUUGUGGAAAUUACUGUAAAGUUUUGUUAAUUAUUGUUAUCAUUUUUUUAUGGAUUUUAAUGGUUGUUAAGACCACAGAAGUUUUUAUGAAACAAAAUGUAUGUGUAUUUGUAAAACCACAGAAGUUUUUGUGUUAUGCCAAGUCCAAAACAAAAGUAUAGUAAUAAAAGAAUUUUGACAGUAAGUUUCAUUGUCAGCUAUUAUAAAAUGGCUGUGUUAGUUAUAUAUAUAUGUGUGUAAAUGUUAGAGGUGUAUAUACUUGUUGAAGAAUUUUGUUUAUGUCGAACAAAAUAAAAUUGGAGUGUCUGUCAGUCUUUAACAUAUCAGUUUGUUUUGUUUCUUUGUCACAAGUGAUGAAAUGAUUAGGUAUUGUAAUGAAUGAAAACUGUUUCUGCAAUAGGUUGACAGUUAUCUGAAUUAGAAGAAUAAUAAUGUCUGUUAAAGAAGAUUCAUGUAAUUAAUAUUCAAUGUCACAUAAGGCUAUCAAGUAUUUUUUCUGACUUUUUGUUGAUGAAAGUGUUUAUGCUAAUUACAAAAAAAAUUUAAAAAAAAUGUCAGUUGUUGACACAUAAUUUACCAAGGAGUGAUUCUGGUAGAUUUAAUGAAUGAAGUCACCUCGAUUUGUCAUACGUUUGCCUGAGACCUAUGAUUACCUUAUCUUUUAUCAACAAUAUUGAUUUUAAUUCUUUCCAAUUUUUAUGAGCUCUGUUGAACUGUCUUGUUGUAUGAAGGUAGACAGUUAACACCUAUAGCCUAUUUUGCUGUAGUACAGAAAUACAAAAGUCAAACAAUUUAAUAUUCUAAACACUGAGGAGAAUUUAGAUUUCACAAAGUAAAUUUGGAAUCCCAUUUUAUUUGAGAAAGGCUUCUGAACUUAACUUUGAAGUUUCAUUGAUGAAAAUUUGGUAUGUUGUUUUAAUGAUGUGAAUGUUUCUACUACUGAAAUAUAUUUAUAUAAGGAAAACUUCUGAAGGAGCUUUUUUAUUGUGUGGCUGGUAUGAAAAUGAACUUAUGGAUUUAUUGAGUCUACCUCAAUUAUUUAUUGAAUUAAUUUUGAUUUGACAGAAUUGAUUUAUUGUAAUUCAAUUUUAUGUUUCAGUUGCUACAUUUUGUAUGGUAUCUGAGCAUGGAGUUAAUAAACUAUGCAUAUUUUUA